GACUCCACUGACCGCCAUUGGAAUUCGCGCCGGGAGAGACAUGGCGGGUGGGAGGGAGUAGGAAGUAAACUGUAUUUUUUCUCAAUUUCCUGCUCAUUCCGCACUCCUCCAAGCGUGAGCGGCCCGUGCAUGGAGGAAACAAGCGUGCUAUGGGUGAAGCUGUUCUGCAAGGCUUCACCACCACCACCACCACCACCACCACCACUACCUCCACCACCACCACCGCCAGCCACCACCACCACCACCAUCACCACCACCACCACCAUCACCACCACCACCACCACCCCUGGCCGCCACACAAGCCAGUAACACCACAGCACUGCCACCACCGCCACCACCACCACCACCCCUGCUGCUCCUUGCCACAGAGACGCUGGUGUGGUGGUGCGCUGCUCACCACCACCACCACCGCUGCUGCUGCUGCUGCUGCCCGCCACACCUGCAGGAAAGGUGUGAGUGAGGAACAACAACAACAACAACAACAACAAGAGGAGGAGGAGGAGGAGGACCCCACCAGCCCCAGCAAGAGGCAGCCCCACCCCGCCAGCCCUCCCCCCGGCCAUCCCCACCCCAUGGACGAGGUGUCGCCCCCGGCAGGCAGCAGCGGGGCGCUGUACCCCGUGGCCCGCCCCUACAGCCCCGCCGACGGCUACUACAACCUGCUGGAGGGCCUCGGGGCGGCCCACCCUGGCCCCGCCCCCAAGGUGGAGCCCCCCAAGUACCCCGAGGCGGCCGCCCCCAUGGACUUCAGCGGCAGCCCCGGCCUGGGGUACAGCGGGCGGGGCCAGGACUACCCCCCGGCCCCGCCCGCCCCAAACCCCCUCAGCCUGCUGAGCGAGGUGGCCCUCGGGGGCAGCCCCGGGUCGUCCGAGGCGGGGCGGGGGGAGUGCGAGGGGCGCAGGAAGCGCCUGCACAGCGCGGGGCCGGAGGGCAGCCGGGGCAAGAGCCAGCGGGCCCGGGCGCGCUGGGGGCGGGGCCUGGAGGAGGACAGCGAGGACGAGGAGGAGGACGGGGCGGGUCCGCCGCCGCCGCCGCCACCGCCGCGGGGCAGGCACCGGGUGGACGACGGCCCCAGCGCCCCAGACCUGCAGCUGGACUGGGUGUCCUCCUCAGACUCGGACUCUGACGCAGACUCCUGCAUCGAGGUGCUCAGCGACGCCCCGCCGGGCAGACCCGUCGACCUGGUGGACCUCACCGGGGAGAGCGAUGGCGAGGCGGCACCCACACACUCCCCCCAGCCGCCCACGCCCAUCCCCGUCACCUCCGGCGGGACGUACAUCCACCCCGGCAUGCUGGGGCGCCCCGUGGUGGCGGCGGCGCAGGCGGGGCCCUGCCGCGGCCUGCACGGGCCGGAGGGGGCGCAGGGGGGCGGGGCGGCCUGCAGCUGUCCCCGCGGCCCGGCGCUGGGGUCCAUCAGCCUGGGGGGCGGCGGGCCGGCGGCGGCGUUCAGCGUGGAGCAGCACACGGCCGGGGCCGCCGCGGGGCACGGCGGGGCCGCCUGCUACGGGGCCUGCCUGCACCCGCACCACGCCCCUCACCACCACCACCACCACCACCACCACCACGGGGCGGCCCCGUCACAGGCGCACCACCACCACCACCACCACUACUACCCCAGCGAGGCGCCGCUGUACUACCCGGCACUGUCCACACACCCGCUGUUCCCCGCCCUACGCCGCCGCCGCGGCUCUGUCCCGCCUCAACCCCGUGCACCAGCGCCUGUGGCACAGCCAGCAGCGCUACCAGGAGCUGCACCGACGCUGCCCUCGACCCGCGCCUCAGGGACGCACCCCCGCCUCCCCCCAGGCCCCUGCAUGACGCCCCCCAGGCCCCGCAGCCCCCACAGCAGCCAUCCCAGGCACCACAGCAGCCGCAGACCUCCUCGGACCAGGCCUCCAUCGCGCCCCCACAGGUCUCCACCCCCUCCUCCGCCCCCUUGGAGAUGCCCUCCGCCCCGGCCGCCCCCCCCACACCUCCCGGGGCCGCCCCUCCACCACUACCCUGACCCCUUUGACAUGCUCAUGGCAAACCCACAUCCACACGGAGAGGGCAGCAGCCUGUACAGCCACGUGUACGGCAGCAGCGUGCCCCCGGCCCACAUGUCUAUGCCCGGGGCGGCGGCGGCGGCAGGGCAGCGGCAGCAGCGGCAGCGGCGGCGGCAGCCAGUGACCCCAGACACCUGCCGACCACCGGACCAUAUUCUGCCAAUGUUCCAGAGGGCCUCCACCUUCCCCCGUCUAGAAGAUUACAUGCGACUGGGAAUGGUUGACCACCGCCAUCGCCUCCCAGUAGUGACCCGCGGUGCCACACAGAACACCAUUGAAAAGAACACAUUUCCGCACAAGUAUAAGAAGAUGAAGCGUACAGACUCCUCAGAAGACAGCCUAGAGAAGUGCACAAUAUGUCUAUCGGAAUUUGAGGAAGAAGAGGAAGUGAGAAGGCUGCCUUGCAUGCAUCUCUUCCAUGUGGAGUGUGUGGAUCAGUGGCUGUCCACAAAUAAGAGGUGUCCAAUUUGCAGAGUGGACAUUGAGGCACACAAGGAUUAUGGGGCUUCCACAAGUACCUCUGUGGGUGCCUCCUCUGUUCCUGCUUCUUCCUCCUCCUCCUCCUCCUCCUCUUCCUUGUCUGGUGGUGGUGGUGGUGGUGUGUUGUGAAAGGAUGUGGUUUAAUGUGGUUUUGGUUUAAUGUUGGGUUUCUUCCUCCUCCUCUUCUUCUUCUUGUGGCUUGUUUGUCUUCUUCUUCUUCUUCUUCUUCUUCUUCUUCUUCUUCUUCUUCUUCUUCUUCUUCUUUUUGUCCUUUUUCUGUGUUUUCCUCCUCCUCCUCCUCCUCCUCCUCC